AUGCUGCAAGGCCAGGCUGAGGCUGCCCGCACCUCUGCCAAUCCUCCCAUGGAUGACAGCCCACGGCGGUCGAUAAUGGUUUCGCCUGGUAUUGCCCGCGACCGAACCCGUGGAAUACCGCCUAAAGAGCCCGAACUUAAUAUAUGGUCUCUUGCUUCAGAUCAUGUAAAGCAUCAUAAUCAUCGCUCCCAGUCACCAAUUGGGUCCGGUUUCGACGGGCCGCCAACCCCUUUGAGUGAUGAAGCUGGAUGUUCUGGCUCGGACCUUGUAUCCCAUUCCUCGGCCCAGACCGAACACAUACCAGGACAUUAUAUCCCGACCGAGGCUGGCUCAGAAAUGUUGGGGUCGGUUGACUGGCAGAAAAGCUGGUUCAAGCACAAGCCUCGCCGCGCACACAAUGUUUCAGAAGUGACAGCACCGGACCCUACUGUUCACAAGCAUGCUGUCGACUUGUUCUCGAUGGCGGGAUUUGAGGAUGAGAGUAGUGAAGAAGAUGCCGGGAAGGUCACAAUAUGUCCACUUGUCGACCAACACCAUGCGCGGUUUCAUGCAAUUCAGGCAUUUGCACUGAAGUCAUGUCCUGAGCUGCACCGCAUGGUUGGGAGUGAUGACGAAGGUAUAACGCAUAGUCCUCGUUCUUCAACAGCUCACCGAGACUUGGUCCCCCGAAGCUUUGGCUUUCGAUCUCAACCUCGUGCUACUGCGAGAAAUGCGAUCUCUAGACGCCUUCGAUCUUUAGGAAGAAGAUUUCGACGAUCUUCUUCAAACUACUCCAUUCGAUCAGAUUUCCCAGUGCCCCCCAACGCGAAAGAACGCCGACUAUUGUCGCGUGACUCGGCUGAUAUAUACCCCUCUUCGGGUGAAGAAUCCCCGAUGUUCAACACGCCAGCAUCUGGUGUCACGCCGUUGGACUUCCCUGUUCAACCUGGGAGUCUCUUGGACUUAGCAAGCGAGCUUGCGCUGUCUUCGGAGGAUCCAAAGCAAAGCUAUUGUGCCGACCAGAGCCAAGUACCAGCCGUUGGAAAGGACACUGAAAAUCAGCCGUCUGCGCUUGAUCCGUGUUACGCUUCACCGUCGCCUCCCUACAGCUCUAGUAGCAAUGCAAGCCCUCUUUCACAACCACAAAGACAUAGGCAGAGAAGAGGAAAAGCGCGUCGUAGUCGUUUGUCAGAGGUAACCACACCAGACGACCUUCGAACUCAAGAUAACACAGCACAACUUAAUGGUACACCUUCUAGUCCAAUAGAUGACUCUGCCAUUAUCGAAUCUGAGGACGACGAGUUUGAUGAGGCUUACCCAAAGCCGUUGGUAAUCAAUCGAGCGCGUAACGAUACCUCUCAACUUCAGCACAUUUCGCACACUGAUCCCGUAUCACCAUAUGGUCAAGAACAGGAUUUAUCGGUUCUGCUGCCCCUCCAGGAAACAACCAAAUUGACCGACGCCGGGUUUUUGCUAGAUCGCCGGCUUCUUGAGUCCAAGGAUAAGGAGGGGAUUCCCGAGCGCUCAUUUUCUGUGGGCAAACCAUGCCGAGCAGCCUCUUUGCGCGCAAGAGACACUUUAUCGAUAUCAGGUCGCACCGAAUCAGCACUGAACUUGGACAGGAGCUCGCCAUCGGCUUCUAGAUCGGACUCCCCGCUUGUUGUAUCAUCAGAGCCCGCUCAAGUCGUACCGGUCCCAGUGCAUCUAAGUUCGAAGGCAUCGCCAUAUCAAGGGGCAGGCGUCUCCGAAGCGAUAACACCACCCAGUCUGAAGACGUCUUCUUGCCACCCGGAUACAUGGAAUACGUCUCAGGGGGAGCCUGGCGAUUCGGAUCCUUUCUGUCCCCCCGAAUGCGACUCACGACACAGUCACGAAACCAUACUAUCAGAUUCUCGGCCUACCAGAAUGUUCAGACAAAGUACCAGUGGCACAGUGGUCGUGCUGGAUUGCGUUGAAUCCAGUGGCAGUGAAGGCAAUGCGGGUGGAGAUAAAGAGAGUACGCUAGGGGGUGACCAUGAGCGCGUGUUGUUGGGCUGA